CUUGGGGCCACCUGUUUGCUGGGCUUCAGUUUCCUGCUCCUCGUCACCUCUUCUGAUCGACCUAAUGGGCUUGGAAAGGGUUUUGGAGAUCACAUUCAUUGGAGGACACUAGAAGAUGGAAAGAAAGAAGCAGCUGCCAGACCCUUGAUCUAUGAGGGAAUUGUUCUACGUUCAUAUCUGAAUCUCCAAUCAUGAAGAUGUUGAAUGAUUGAAAUGGUUAUUGAAUAGCUACUGAGAGUCACUGACUAUAAGGAAUGAAGAGGAACUAGCAUUUGUGAAUUGUCUUCUGUAUGCUAAAUAUAGUGAUGUUGUUUUGCAGUAUUUAAUACUCUUUAAAGCCCCAUUGUAAAUGGAUGGACACAGUGUUUGGCCGUCAGGAUAUCACAUUCUUCUGAGAACUGUAACAUUUGACAUGAAUAACUGAUGCCAUUCUAAGCUCCAUCUCCUUUCGGAGAGAGCAGGACCCGGCUCUAGUUGGCUCAGAACUCCUAUUUCCAUAGCAACGAGAGGCCCUGUAAGAGUCAAGGGAGGCAGGAAGUGCAGCUUGCAUUUCCGGUUUGCGUCGGAGACGUCCGUAACCCGGAAGUUGACGCGGCGCGGUUGCACAUGGCUGCGCCCUGGGAGGAUGCCGCUCGUGGUGUUUUGCGGGCUGCCGUACAGCGGCAAGAGUCGGCGCGCGGAGGAGCUCCGUGGGGCCCUGGCGGCCGACGGCCGAGUGGUGCACGUGGUGGACGACGCGGCGGUGCUGGGCGCGGAGGACGCGGCGGUGUACGGCGAUUCGGUCCGUGAGAAGGCCUUGCGUGGGGCCCUGCGAGCCGCCGUGGAGCGGCGCCUGAGUCGCCACGACGUGGUCAUCCUCGACUCACUUAACUACAUCAAGGGCUUCCGCUACGAACUAUACUGCCUGGCGCGGGCGGCGCGCACCCCGCUCUGCCUGGUCUACUGCGUACGGCCAGGGGGUCUGAGCGAGGAACCGCAGGUGGCGGGCUUGGAGGAGAAUCGGAACCGGAACGUCAGUGUGAGUUGGAGGCCGCGCGCUGAGGAGGGAGGGAGACCUCUGGAGGCAGGCACCGGUGCCUUCAGGGAACCGCGGCUAGUGGACUCCGCAGGAAAUGGGAGGAUUCAGGCAGACGUAUCUAAAGAACUGGUGCAGGAAGAAACUAGGGCGCCAGAUUUUACAGCUCUCAUGACUCCGGAAUUCGAGAAAUCUGCAAAGCCUAUGUCGGGUGACUUUUACACUCCCGAACUUCUGGAGGCCCUAGCGCUGCGCUUCGAAGCUCCCGACUCUCGGAACCGCUGGGACCGACCCUUGUUCACCUUGGUGGGCUUAGAGGAGCCAUUGCCCUUGGCAGAGAUCAGGGCUGCCCUGUUUGAGAACCGGGCUCCUCCACCCCAUCAAUCUACACAGUCCCAGCCACUUGCCUCCGGCAGUUUUCUGCACCAGUUGGACCAGAUCACCAGCCAGGUGUUGGCAGGACUGAUGGAAGCGCAGAAGAGCGCGGUACCCGGAGACUUGCUUAAGCUUCCUGGCACCACAGAGCACUUGCGGUUUACUCGGCCCUUGACCAUGGCAGAACUGAGUCGGCUUCGUCGUCAGUUUAUUUCCUAUACCAAAAUGCAUCCCAACAAUGAGAACCUGCCUCAACUGGCCAACAUGUUUUUGCAGUAUCUAAGCCAGAGCCUGCACUAACCAGAUAGGUGAGGGAAAGCCAUGCUCUUUGUCAAACCAUCACACUCUGCUUCUCUGGGAAGAAUAAUCAGAGGGUCUGCAGAAUAUUUUGAUGUGUGGCACUAGAGCUGUUGUGACUGCUUCACACAUACUUUGCUGAAUGAUGCCUCUGAGCCAGGCAUUGAGUUUACAGCAUAAUGAAACUAGAGAGAACAGAGAAGUAGCUUGGAAGAUCUUGGUAAAUUUCUCCAGAGGAUAGAGCUUUUUGAGUACUGUGCCUACUUUUUUUUGCUAGUCUCUAUCCUGGGGCCUGGGGUCAUAGACAGAUCCACUGGUUUCUAUCCUUGGGAAUCUUUGGUUCUAGUGGAAAUGAAAGACAAAAAUCACUAGAUUAUUUCAUCUAAUAAAAUCUUUUAGAAGAAGACAGUCUGCUGGCAUCUCUUUCACUUAUUGUAACUUUAUGUUCUUUAUGUAAUUUACUUACUGUAACAUUCUAGAUACACAUAAAUCCUUGUUAUGCAUUCAUCAAUAGUACUUUGAUAGUGCUCAGUGAGAGUCUAGAUGUUUUAGUUUUAACCUAGAGUGACUAUAUUAUAUUAUGACAGCUUACAUAAUUAUUGUGUUCAUUCUGUUUUUCAAGACAAAUAGCACUUUAAGCUUAUCGUUUUCUUUUUUUCAUUAAUUUCAUUAAACAAAUGGUAAGUACCCACCUUAUCAAUGCUUGUAUUUUUCGAAGAUAAAUUAGAUACAGUCUUUGCCCUUGAGAAAUUAGUAGUUUUGAUAAGUAAAUAGGUGAUUAGAGGAUGAAAAGUGCUGGUGGUGAGAAUGCUUUGAGGAGUAGGACUAACUAGCUGUUGAGAGAAGGUGGUUUGGGGAAGCCUUCACAGAGGAGUUUAUAUUUGAAUUGUCACUCUAGAACAGGGGUCGGUAAAGGCCAAACAGCAAAUCUUAGGCUUCAUGGACCAUGCAGUCUCUCUUGCAGCUGAUCAGCUGUGCUGUGGUAUCACAGAAGCUGCCAUAGACAGUAAGUAUACAAACAAGUGAAUGUGUUUUAAUACACUGACUGAAUUAUAUUUGAUUUUAACAUAUCACAAGGUACUAUUCUUUAGAUUUGUUUUCAACCAUUUAAAAAU